CGAGAGCGCAGCAGCGACUUCACCGCCGCAACUUUUGAUGACAGGGAUUUUUUUGGGGGGUAAUUUUUUUUUUGGAGCCGUCGAUGAGCGCGUUUGAAGUGGCUUGCCGGUGAAGACAAGAGGGAUCGAGUCUCGACCAAGCGGUUCCCCCCUCUCCGCCAGUCGGAUCAAAAUGAAACUCCUGAUUUGUGUGAUAGCCGUCGCCUUGGCGGUGGGAUCUGCGCACGGAGGUACGUCGGGCGAGCCGUGCGGAGGCAGAAACUGCGGCGAAGGAUGCCGGUGCAACCCGGAGAAAGGCAGCAGGGGUCGUCCGGGGACCCUCGGUGAGGUGGGUCAGAGCGGACCGGAGGGCCCCCGUGGGGGUCUGGGCCCCUCGGGGCCUAAAGGAGAGAAGGGCCACAAUGGACUGAAAGGACCAUCUGGCCCCAAAGGAGACAAGGGGCCGAUGGGAGUACCGGGGUUCCAAGGAACAGACGGAGUACCUGGUCACCCGGGUCAGGACGGAGGACGAGGACCGUCGGGACUGGACGGGUGCAACGGGACCCGAGGAGAACCCGGGGCGCCCGGAUACGGGACCGGAGGACCCGGACUACCUGGAUUCGCCGGACCGUACGGGCCGAAGGGCCAGAAAGGAGAACCUCGGUUCAUCUCCGGUAACGGUGGUCUGUCGAGUUACCCGGGUUCGCAAGGAGCCAGCGGUCAACCUGGUAUCGCAGGUCCCGGUGGUCCAUCGGGUUCUCUGGGUCCGAGGGGGCCCGAAGGGUUCUCCGGCCCGCCCGGUCCUCCCGGCCCUCCAGGACCAAUGGGGAGCCAGAGUGACGGAUAUGUAGGAGAGAAAGGAGACAAGGGCGACGUGGGUCUUCCCGGACCCAGCGGUACCCCCGGCGACGGGUCGCUAAGAAGCGAACAAACUCUCACCAUCUACAAAGGAGAUAAGGGGGAACCGGGCCUGAGGGGGACCAGAGGGUUCACUGGCGCUGUUGGGAGACCAGGAUCUUUCGGCUAUCCCGGCGAAUUUGGAGAGAAGGGCAUCCCUGGAUACCCCGGGGCGAGAGGUCUUCCUGGUUUCAACGGACCUCCCGGAGCUCUAGGACAACAGGGAUUAAUGGGCACUCCCGGUUACGCAGGGAAUCCAGGAUACCCGGGACCAAAGGGAGAACGAGGCGGGCCCGGAGCCCCAGGACCUCCUGCCUACGUUAGUGGUUCAAGCACCGCUGUUCAAGGACCAACAGGUGUCCCGGGCCACAAUGGCCUCCCCGGGGCCCCCGGUGACCAGGGAUUCCCAGGAUACCCAGGACCACCGGGCCAACCAGGAGUUGGUGGUUUUGGCACCGGUUAUUCCGGAUCCCCCGGUUUUCCCGGGACCGGCGGCCCAAAGGGAGAGAAAGGUAACCAAGGCAUACCGGGCUACGGCUUCGAAGGAGGCCCCGGCAACCCUGGACUCCCCGGACCCCCCGGCAACCCCGGACCUCAGGGCCCCGCGAGCUUUGCCGUUGGACCGUGCGUCAUCUAUCCUGAGUGGUCCAGGCCCAAAGGUACUCCCGACCGUCCCUCGAAUAUCCCAGGAGAGCCUGGGCCUCCUGGCUCCAGAGGAGAGCCGGGUGAUAGCGGCUACGAUGGCAGCAGAGGUGACUCUGGCGACUGCAACUGCCUCGGAGGAGGCACCUCGGGGUUCCCCGGGUCACCCGGAGCCCCCGGCGUCAACGGCAACCCCGGCUACGGCGGACGAAAGGGCGAGCCGGGCGACGGCGGCUCGCCGGGCUUCCAAGGCGUUCCGGGUCCUCCUGGCCGUGCCGGGGACGCCGGCUACUUCGGGCGUAAAGGAGAGAAGGGCACGUCUUACUACCCCAACCUGGGUUUAGGGGUGAAAGGAGAGAUCGGGUCCACUGGGCCCAGAGGACCGGCAGGUGUAACCGGAACGCCUGGCAGAGACGGGCUGCCCGGCUUCCCCGGGACCCCCGGACCCCCAGGCGACGGCGGCUACGGCACGGUGGGAGAGAAAGGUUUCCCAGGGUACCCCGGGGCCAAGGGGCGUCCCGGGGGCCCCGGGGAGCCCGGCAUCGGCUACGCCGGGACGCCCGGCUUUCGCGGAGAGCCCGGAGACCCCGGUGUUUAUGGGUUGCCGGGGCAACCGGGUUUACCCGGACCAAAAGGCCAAGUGUUACCCUGCUCCAUCCCCGGUGAGGGAGGAGACCCCGGUAACCCCGGAGUACCUGGACGACCAGGUCUUAAAGGGGAACCGGGCUUCCCAGGAAACCCUGGACGUCCCGGGUUCGAUGGUACCAAAGGAGGCAGAGGAGACCCCGGUUCUGGAGGCCAACCUGGACCACAAGGUUUCCCCGGACCCAGAGGGGAUUCUGGACUCCCAGGUGGCCCGGGACAGAGCUUCGACGGCGGCCGGGGGAAAGGCGGCUUUCCGGGGCGUCCUGGGAGCAAAGGUCAGCCCGGAGAGGUUCUGGGAGCCACGCCCGGUAGCCCGGGACAGAACGGCUUACCGGGGAUCCCCGGAGACAAGGGCCAGCCCGGGACGCCAGGAGGUUCUGGUUCACCUGGCGGUGACGGGCGCUUCGGCGUCCCCGGGCUGAAGGGAGAGCGCGGCGCUGACGGGUACCCCGGCAUUUCAGGCCUCCCCGGCCUUCCGGGUGAGCCGACGUUUGGCAUUCCCGGUCGGCCCGGAGCUCCCGGAGGCAGCGGCCUGAGCGGAUCACCAGGUUUCCCCGGUCGUAAGGGAGAAAGCGGAGACCCGGGUUUCCCGGGGCCGGCUGGAAUGAAGGGAACCCCGGGACAGCCAGGCUCCCCUGGAUCAUCCGGGCCAAGGGGACCCCCUGGACCUGCGGGACCGGGGACUAGAGAGGGAAUCCCAGGAACCCCGGGCAGGAAGGGCGAGAGAGGUUUCGCCGGACUGAUGGGUUUCCCUGGACUACCGGGUCGUCCUGGGAGUCCAGGGUUUCCUGGAGUGAAAGGCGAGGCCGCGGGCCCUGGAAGAGACGGACUCCCCGGCGGUCCCGGAUUCCCCGGACAGAAAGGUGAGAGAGGAUACUCUGGUCUACCCGGCUUGCCCGCUCCUCCUUUCCGACAAGAGUUUGUGGAGAGAGGAGAACCCGGAAACCCCGGUAGCAACGGCCUUCCUGGCUUCCCCGGACCCCGAGGUGACAAGGGUCUGUCUGGUCCGCCUGGUCGUCAGGGUCUGCCUGGACUUCCCGGUUACGCUGAGCAGAGUAAAGGACAGCCGGGACAACGAGGGUACCCGGGCCAACCGGGAACUCCAGGUUUCCCCGGGCCGAAGGGAGAAUCUGGAAUCAUGGGAUUCCCCGGCACGUCAGGACCACGGGGCGACGACGGCGCACCCGGUUUCCCCGGCAACCCUGGAGAAUUUGGUCGUUCCGGUGGAAAAGGUGCACCCGGAGAAAGCUACGGGUACCCCGGAGGUCCAGGUGCUAAAGGCCAGCCAGGAGAGCCAGGCUUCCCAGGUGGCCGCGGCAAUGACGGCGCCCCCGGUGACAACGGCUUUCCUGGAAGUCCAGGUUUCUCCGAAGUGAAGGGAAAUCCUGGUGAAGGGGGGCGGCCUGGAAUAACGGGCUCCCCUGGUUUCCCCGGGCCCUCGGGCCAGGCCGGCUACCCGGGAAGAAGAGGAGAAGACGGGUCUCCUGGUCUGCCUGCAGGUCCCGGAGGUCCUGGAGCCAAAGGUUUGCCCGGACCCCCCGGUUUGGAUGGACUCAAUGGCCUCGGUGGACCUAAAGGACUCCCUGGAACCCCAGGUGGGAAUGCAGGCGGCCGCCCGGGUUCUCCCGGUGUUCCGGGUUUCAAGGGGGAGAGAGGCGUCUCCUACCCGGGAGGUCCAGGCUACAACGGACCGAAGGGAGAGAGAGGAGAUUCAGGUGGUCCUGGACGCGUAGGGUUCCCCGGUCUGCCCGGACCUCCUGGUCCCACUGUGGGGUCAGAUGUUCCCGGACCUUUGGGAGACCCCGGUCUGCCUGGACUGGAUGGAGAGUAUGGUCUCCCGGGUCCCCACGGUCCUCCCGGCCCUCCUGGUCCUGGCACAGCCGAUGGAGACCGAGGUGACCCCGGGCUCCCGGGCUUCCCCGGCGGCCCCGGCAGGAAAGGAGACUCGGGCAUCCCCGGAGGCCCCGGACUCCCCGGCAGCUCCAGUUUCAAAGGAGGACGAGGUGAGACCGGCUACAGCGGAGGUCCCGGUCUCAAGGGUUACCCCGGUGACCCUGGUUACUAUGGAAACAAAGGAGCCAAGGGAGUACAAGGCCGUCCGGGUCGUGCCGGUAGCCCGGGACUCACGGCGCUAGAGCGACCCCCCGGCCCGCCGCCCUACGGAGACACGGGCUUCCCCGGUGGAGCCGGCAGCCCCGGUGGCCCCGGAGACGGCGGUCAGCCUGGAAUACCGGGACGUGGAGGUUCUAAGGGUCGUCCCGGUCCGGUGGGUAAACUUGGCAGGACCGGAUCUCCUGGUUUUCCCGGACCUAUCGGCGAAGCCGGACCCCCGGGUUUCCCCGGAUCCACUGGAGAGCAAGGACCCACCGGUAACACCGGACGCCCCGGCUCUCCCGGCGGCGUCGGCCGCACUCGGAGCAUCGGCUACACUCUGGUGAAGCACAGCCAGAGCGCCCAGGUGCCCAUGUGCCCUCAGGGCAUGGCCAAGCUGUGGGACGGGUACAGUCUGCUGUUCGUGGAGGGUCAGGAGAAGGCCCACAACCAGGACCUCGGCCAGCCGGGGUCCUGCCUCCCCAGGUUCAGCACCAUCCCCUUCCUCUACUGCUCCCCCAACGAGAUCUGCUUCUACGCCAGCCGCAACGACAAAUCCUACUGGCUCUCCACGACCGCGCCCAUCCCCAUGAUGCCCGUCGCCGAGCAGCAGAUACAACCGUACAUCAGCAGGUGUUCUGUGUGCGAGGCGCCGUCUCUAGGCGUGGCGGUCCACAGUCAGGACAUGACCAUCCCCACCUGUCCUCCGGGCUGGAGGAGUCUCUGGAUAGGAUACUCCUUCCUCAUGCACACGGCGGCCGGCGCCGAGGGCGGCGGUCAGUCCCUGUCGUCUCCCGGCUCCUGCCUGGAGGACUUCCGCGCGACGCCGUUCAUCGAGUGCAACGGGGCCAAGGGCAGCUGCCACUUCUUCGCCAACGAGUACAGCUUCUGGCUCACCACCGUGGAGCCCAGCCAGGAGUUCGUCUACUCGCCGGCGCAGGAGACCCUGAAGGGGGGUCAGGAGCGCUCCCGGGUCAGCCGCUGCCAGGUGUGCAGCAAGCUGUUGUAGGAGGAGGAGGAGCUGGAGGGCCGGAGGUGACAUGUUAACGCCACAAAGAGAGGUGCUGAUGAUGCAGGAUGAGAUGAUUUAUAAAAGAAAUCUAUAAAAGAACACGCGACUCCUGCUUCUCUCAAGAAUCGAGUCGAAAAAAACAACACGGACUCCGUUUUUUUUGUGUUUUUUUAAAGAGUUUUUUUAAAGAGUUUUUUUUUUUUUAAGGAAUGAAUUCCUUGUUGCGAAG